UCUAUUCGCAAUUAGCACCGAAUUACAAACUGGUUAGCAUCCACUUCCAGCAAAUCGGAGAAGCCUCCGAUCCGUGGAGCUCAUAAAAUGGGUUCGCCCCAUGCUUGGAGCAGCAGUUUGGGACCCAUUUCCAAGCAGUCAACAUGAAGUCGGUUAUUAUUCUCUUAGCCCUGGUGGCUCUUUGCCAUGCGGCACCUUUGGAAGUCAAGGACUCGUCGGCCGAAGCGCUCUCCAGACCCAGUCCCAUCAGUCCCGAUGUGAUUGUUGAUCCCAAGCCCACCGAGAAGGUGGUUCUGCUGAAGGAUGUUCCCGCUCCGAAUCGUCAAAAGCGUAAUGAGCCCAAGAAACCCGACAGCGUUAAGGCCCAUGAGCCGCAGAAUCCCCAUAGCCAGAAGCCCACUCCAGCCAAUCCUCAUCAGAAAGCUGGCCCACAUGAUGCCAAGGCCCAAGACCACAAGCACAAGCGGGAGGCUCAUCACGAGGAGGGACACAAGGAGGAGCCCCAAGAGGAGGAAGUAAAGGGUGCUCCCGAGGUGGCUGCACCUCAAAUAGGUGUUGUCGAGAAGAAGAAGGUAAAGCGCGAGACCCACCAUGAGGAGGGUCACAAGCAGGAGGAUAAGCCCCAGGUUGAGGAUCUUUCAUCGCCCCACGCUGUUCCCGCUCAUGCCCACACCGCCGAGUUGCCCAAGAAGAAGGAGAAGCGGGAGGCCAACCACGAGGAGGGUCACAAGGAGGAGGCUAAACCCCAGGUGGGGGCACUGCCUCAUGCUCUUCCAGCAGCUGCUCCAACCGCAGAAUUGCCGAAGAAGGAAAAGCGCGAGGCCCACCACGAGGAGGGUCACAAGGAGGAGGGCAAGCCCCAAGUGGGUGCACUGCCUCAUGCUCUUCCCGCUGAUGCUCACACCGCAGAGUUGCCCAAAAAGCAAGAGAAGCGCGAGACUGUGGAAAAGCCCGACAGCGUGAAGGCCCAUGAGUCCAUCCAGCAUAAUCCUCAGCGUGCCGAUGAGCUCCACAAGGCUCUCGAAUCCCUGGCCGGAGGAAAGGUCCCGGAGAAGCGUCAGCAGCGCGACAUUCCCGUGCCCACUCAGACCAAAGCCACCGCCGAACCUGCAGCCACCACAAAGUCGGAAGUGGGAAGCACCACUCCGUCCACCCACCAUCUGAACAUUCCCCAUCCCAUUCCCGUGGCCGAACUCUUCGAGAAGAAUAAGCAUUCGGAUAAGUCCACUUCCAGUUCCGAGGAAAGCAAGGAGAAAGUCAAGGCCUAAACUUUAUAAACCAAAAGUCGCUAAUUGAACCAUCACGAGAUUUGUAGUCACAGAAAACGAACUAAAAUAAACAACAAUAUUUACAUGCUUAUAUAAAAA